UCUGGCUCGAAUUCUGUCACGAGAAAUACCGCACGAGUAUGGCUGGUGGUAAUAUGUGCCUUAAAGGACUAGUUUAUGUUGUACUGGUUUUGCUGGCAAAUAGAGUGGAAACUAAUUCUCUCAGUGGAAAUGCAGUUGUGGACGCAAGCAAAGUUAUUGGUCCAUUGGAACACUUCUGGGAGAGCACGGGCUUCUGUCCACCAGACCCUCAUCAAGACUUUCACAAGUUCAUAUUCGCAAAUGACGAGCUCCAAAACCUGGCUUAUGUGGGUUCUGUACCGAACAAUGAUUUCGAUGAUACUGCUCAAAUCUAUUCUUGGAGAAACCUAGUGGAAAGUUUGGGUAAACAUCUCAUCGAGGCCUUUGGGUUAGAGGAAAUUUGUCAGUGGAACUUUGAAUCAUGGAAUGAACCAGAGAAUAAACAGCAUUUUGAUGGUCUCCAUGUCUCCACUAAAGGAUAUCUCAUGUAUUACGAUGCUUGUUCUGAAGGACUUAAGAUGGCCCAUCCAUCUCUGCGACUAGGAGGGCCUGCCACAGGGUACCCAGACAAACAUCCUAUAUUUUGGUCUCUACUGCAACACUGCAACAAUGGUACUAACUUUUUUACUGGGCAGAGAGGAGUUAGACUAGAUUUUAUUUCUUUUCACAUCAAAGGUCAAGGACACUCUUUAACGAUUUUACAUAAUGAAACAGUGGUUAUUGGGGAAAUUGCUAAACUGAUUCCAAAAUACAUAACUACACCAAUAUAUAAUGAUGAAGGAGACCCUUUGGUAGGUUGGAAUUUAGCUGAAGAAUGGAGAGCAGAUGCAACAUAUGCUGCUAUUGUUGUCAAGAUUCUGGUUCAACAUCAGGACUGGUUCUUAAAGAGUAAUUUCAGCAUCAGAUAUAACCUCUUAAGCAAUGAUAAUGGAUUUAUUAGUUAUCCUCCAGUCCACUUCCGUCAACGCACAUUACUGGCAAGAUUUCAAAUGAACCAUUCUCAUCCACGGAAGGUAGAAUUUGUUAAGAAACCAAUUUUUAAUGUUAUGGGGUUGCUAGCACUGCUAGGAAAUCAGCAAAUUAAGGUUUCUUCUUUUGGAGAAAAUGAAGACUGUGGAAUUGUGGCGAGUAUUUUGAAGCCUCAAAGACACUGUGAUACCAAUGAUUGGGAACUGGCAGCUGUGCUCUACAACAGCAAUGAUACAUCUGGCAGAACUUCUGUCUCAGAAAUAAACUUAACUGUUUUGAACUUGCCAUUGAGACAAGAUGUAGCAUUUGUUGUAUAUAAACUGGAUAAUGAACAUGGAAAUCCAUUUCAAAUGUGGAAGGAGAUGGGUUCUCCAAUGUUUCCUUCUGAUGAACAAUUUCAUAUGCUCCGCCUUCAUCAGGAACCCAUUAGAAGUCUUGGUCCAAGCAUAGUCUCUUCCAGUACAUUGAACCUCCAUCUAACCCUUCCUCUUCCAGGAGUAAGUUUGUUACAUGUUUGUGCAAAGACUGUCUCAGCCCCUCCAAAGGUUGAAGGAGUGAGACUCAUUUCUGUUUCUCCAUAUGAGGUUCUUGUGGUCUGGAAGGAUGUACCAUCAAGAUGCAUCACUACCUUUGAAGUCCUGUACUCAGAAAAAAGUCCUGGUGGACCUUUUAAACGAGUUAAUGAAAUUGAUGUUAUCUUCACAAGCUUUCAUCAUAUGAUGUCUCAAGGUAAUAAGACCUAG